AUGCCGGAAAGUGGGAGCCCUGGCGGGGACGAAGGGACCCAACCAGCCCUGGAGUUGGAGGUCCCGUCUCGGGGAAGCUCUCCGUGCUCGGAGCAAGUACCCGGGAGCACUAAGGGGUGCUCGGCAGAAGUGUUAGGAGGCUGUCCGGGGGAGGAGGCACCAGAGCAGUAUGGUGUGAGUUAUCGCUGUCUUCUGCGUCAAAAUCAAGUGCUUCUGACAGCCCUAGAGGAGCUGCAAAUGCACUGUGCCAGCCUGAAGAAGGAAAACAGUCUGCUGCGAAAGACCUGCUUCCCAGAGACUCAGGAGAAGGUGAGGCAUUUGAAGAGGAAGAAUGCAGAGCUGGCUGUCAUUGCAAAACGUCUCGAGGAAAGAGCCAGGAAGCUGCAAGAGGCCAACCUCAGAGUUGUGAACACACCAAUAAAUGUGAAGAGCUCCUGUGCUGGGCUGUGCAAAAGGGCGCUGGUGCGCCAACGGGCUACAGAUCUCCAAGAACAAGCCAGUGCACUCUUGAUGAAAGACAAACAGAUCAAUGCUUUACAGAGGGAAUGCCAAGAACUUCAAGCUAAAAUCAUGGGUGGAAAGGAAGGUCCUCCUGGUCUGCCUCUUCUAGAUUUCCACCAUUUGCUGCGAGAAUCUCAGAAGGAGGUGCUGCGGCUACAGAGACAGAUUGCUCUGAAGAAUUUCAAGGCAGCCCUGGAGCCCUGUCGCCAGGGAUCAGGAGACUCGUCUGUGGCUUUUGCAAGGGACGUGGGGCUCCCCACGUCAGCCAGGUCCACCUGCUCAAAUGGUUUUUCUCCUACAAGGGUAUCACAGCCAUGGCAGAUGCUCUGCAUAGCAGUGGAGGAGACCAACCAGGAGUCUGAGCUCACAAAGAAGAGGAAGCAAUGUGAACAUCUGGAGCAUGAAGUAAAGAAGAAGCACAAGAGAUGUGCACAGCUCGAGAUCGAAUUGCAGGAAGUGCGGAGUGAUAAUGCCCGACUAUCCAGGGAGAAUGCUGCGUUACAGGGGCAAGCUGAGUGGACUGAGAAGGUUGAAUCCGAAAAUGCUGACUUAAGGCUGCAGGUGACUGUAGUGACUGAGGAACGGGAUUCUGCUCUUCAGAAAACCCAGGAACUCCAGGACAGGCUGGAGAGUCUCGGGCAGGCACUUAAGCACAUGAGAGAUGUUGCAGAACGAAGGCAGCAGCUGGAGCAUCAGCACGAGAAGGCCUUGCAGGCCUUGCAAAAGAAACAAGAUGAAGUCAGACAGCUCCAGCAGGCUCAGGCUGAAGCCCGGAAAGAACAUGAAGGAGCAGUGCAGCUUUUAGAGAAUACCUUGGAUUCUAUGCAGGCCCGUGUGAGAGAGUUGGAGAACCAGUGUCGAAGCCACACAGAACAAUUUAACUUCCUCUCUCAGGAGCUCAGUCGAUUUCGCCUCCAAACCGGGAAAAUAGGUCUUCCGUCCUCCUCCUCUUCCUGUUCCUCCCUUGUGACUUCAGAGGUUGCCUUUGCUACUUGCCAGAGUUCUCAACAGCUCUCAGAUGGCCUCAGGCAGAAAGAUCCAGAAAUUGUCCCUGUAUCUCCUCGGAGCAGUAGAAAAGUUCAAGAUGAAGAAGUGGAAAGAUUCUCCCCAAUGGCACCUCGGCUCACGGAUCCCGUGGUGUCUCCUGUGGCCCGAAGUUCUGAUACAAGCAGUCCUCCAGUUGCCUCAAAAAAAGCAGUCAGGAAGUUGGAAGUCCAGUCCAGCUCCUCAAGAUCCGAGUCCAUGCACAACAGUCCCAAAUCCUGCCCGACUCCUGAGGUGGAUACUGCCAGUGAAAUGGAAGAACUGGACAUUGACAGCAUCUCAUUGGUACCAGAGCAGGAGAACCAUGAUCCAGUGAAACUUCAGGUCUUCUUGGCUCGAUAUAGCUACAAUCCUUUUGAUGGCCCCAAUGAGAAUCCUGAGGCUGAACUUCCACUUACGGCUGGCGAGUAUAUUUAUGUCUAUGGAGAAAUGGAUGAAGAUGGCUUUUUUGAAGGGGAAUUGAUGGAUGGCCGGAGAGGCCUUGUCCCCUCCAACUUUGUGGAGCGACUUGCAGACGAUGACCUGGUUACUUUCUUGCCUCAGGAACUCCAUGAUCUCUCCCAAAGCUCACCUCUCGAGCAGAGUUUUCUCAGUACAAGCAUCAGCAGCGGAGAGAGAAGUGACUAUUCAUCGGAGGAGCUCAAUGCCAGCACAGCUCCCUCUAGGCUAGAAGGGGACCAGGGAGAGGGAGGUGUUUCCAUUGCAGUGCCUUAUCCCAGAAAGGUGACUCUAAUCAAACAGUUUGGCUCUAGCCUCUUGGUGACAUGGGAUCCACCACUGGUGCCUAAUGGCAGCAGCUUGGAUGUCCAGAGCUACAAUGUCUAUGUGGACACUGAACUCCGGGAAAAUGUGAAGGCCAGUUCCCAGAUGAAGGCCAUGAUUGAGAAACUGGACUUGAAAACAAAAGCCUAUCGUGUCUCCAUACAAAGCAUUUCAGAGAAAGGGAGCUCAGACAGACUGCAGUGCACGUUCCUGGUGGGGUGUGGUUUUGUCUUAGCUCCAAGUCAGCUCCAAGUGCGGAGUGUCAAGGCCACCUCCGUGGAGCUCUCCUGGAUGCCAAGCAACAGCAAUUUCCCACAUACUGUAUACCUCAACGGGGGAGCAUGUGAUGUAGUGAAGGCUGGAAUAUAUUGGUACACUUUCCGUAACCUGAACCCAAACACUUCCUACGUUGCCACAGUCCACGUCCAGCCUCAAGAGACUUUCUGGAAACCAUCCCCAGAGAUGGAAGAUCAGGUGAUGUCCACAGAGAUCCAAUUCACCACAUCUUCAGCAGGGUCUCCAGAUGCUCCACUGGAUGUCCGAGUGGACCCUGGCCCCACAGCUGGUAUUCUGGUCAUCAGCUGGUUGCCAGUCACCAUUGAUGCUGAAGGAUCAUCCAAUGGAGUGCGUGUCACUGGCUAUGCGGUGUAUGCUGACGGACAAAAGGUGAUGGAAGUGACCUCGCCAACAGCUGGUAGUGUCCUGAUUGAGGUUUCCCAGCUGCAGAUCCUCCAGCUGUGUCGGGAAGUGUCUGUGAGAACUGUGUCUCUUUAUGGAGAGUCAGUGGAUUCUGUGUCAGCUCAGAUCCCCUCAGUGUUGUUGGAAGAAGUAGACCGUUCUUCUGCAUCUCAAGUAACCUGUCUCCCCUCCCGGCUUCUGGGUGGGGAAGCACGGGCUGUUGUCACACGAACCUCUCAGACACCAGGGAAAGACCUGCCUUCUGCCACUAAGAAUUCAGUUGCCAAACUCACCUCCCAGCCCACCAUCAGCAGUGAAAAAGCUGGGGACCACAUGCAUUCAGAGACAUCCUCAAAUGUCAGGGCUCCCUUGACACCACCCUUGCAGGCUAUGUCACCAGAAUUGAGAACUCUUCCAAGAGAAGAAGUGGAUAAUCUUCUGCCCCCUGCAGGCAGUGUGGCGAAUGAAGAUCUGGCUGUGCUCAGAAAGGAUGUUCAGGAGGAAUCUGGAGAAGACAACCAGGAGCUCCUGCUCAAAGUUACAGAACAAGAGCCAGACAUCCCAGACAACAGUACUAGUAGCCUGGAGACCUGUGAAAUCUGCUCUGCAGAACAGGAGUCAAAUGCACCAUCAGAAAGAGAGCUAGAUAACAGUCAAAGCUCCCUGGAACCAAAGAUACCACCCAUGGACAGACCUUCCUUGCAAGAAGAAGAUGGCACCAGGGAGGUGGGCCAACAUGAAGGACAAACCCCAGAACCUGUAGCUGGGUCUUCAGGGAGGAUGAAGCUGCUGAAAGAAGUCUCCAGAGAUGAUUCCUCUCAGCUGGUGCCCAGGAUCAGAAGAGAGCAAGGAGAGAAAAGGUCAGAUCCAGGAAAUCGUCCACUGAAUCUUCUAACUGACCACAGUCGUGGUUCUGACCUUUCUGAUAUUACGGAAGAAGAGGAGGAAGAGGAGGACAAGGAGGAGGAAGAAGAAGAGAAACCAACUUCUGGUAGGCCAGGGGAGUUGAAAUGGAAUCCAAGUGAAUAUUGCAGCAGAGAAAAUGGAGACAAGUUGGAUCUUGGUGAUACUGACAGUGAUGAAGAGAUCUUGGAACGGAUUCUGGAAAUGCCAUUGCAAAAAAAUUGCAGCAAGGCUCUGUUUAGUAUCCCUGAAGUGACUGAAGAGGAGGAGGAGGAGGACCAGGAAGAAGAAGAAGGCUGGGACCCUGUCCUAAACCGACCUAUUUCCAGCCCUCUGGAAAAGAAGGCUGUGGAAAGCUUCCAGGGUAGGCUUCCUAACCAUACCAGAAGAAUACAAGGUCCUCUGUGUGCUCGGUCUAAAAGGAACCACAAUCUAUCAGAGCUGAUCUUACCUGAAAAGAGCCUUCUACAGAAGUUCAGGGGGGAGUGUAUGAAUGAAAUAUCCACUUGCUCUGGAAGAUGGGAUGGUGAAGAAAUGACCUAUCAGUGGAAUGAUCUUAAGAAACCAUCAAGAUCUCCUCUUUUGGAAUGGAGAAGAUCUGGUCAUUGCAAAGAGAAGACCCGUGUCCAACCCCAGGGACAUAGGAAGAGAAAAGUAGAUAUCCGAGAGUGCAGUGAUUCUAUGCGGAGCAAUUCCUACUACACUGGAGGUGGUCUUUACAGAGCACAAAGCCUCACAGAGAAUUUGGAUGUGAUCACCAGCCUUGGGAUGGAGGAUGACUUGAAGCUGUGCAACUGGGCAAGGCAAAGGCCCGAUCAAGUUUCUUCAAGCAGAAUGAUGCCCCAAGAGAGAAGGGAGAAAGCUGUCCAAGGCCUCCCCCACUGCCUCAGUCCAGAGAGUUUGGAGAUUGACAUUGAGUAUGAUUCAAAUGAGGAAGAGGAUUUAACCAUCACUUCCACCCCAGUAAGCCUGUUGAGUUCAGAUGGGAGGGCUGAUGGAUCUCCAACGGAUUGCGAGGAGGAAUGGAGUGACUGCUCCAGCCGGUCAGGGUCAGUCCAAUCCAAUGGGCAAAGAGAACUGAAGCGAUCCACCAGUUGGGAAGGAGAGAGCACCGAUUGGAGCACAUCCCCCAGCCAUUCACCUGGGCAUUGUGGCUGGAGGAAGAGGGCCAAUGGUGGCUCAGAAGAAUGGAACAGGACUCAGGAGAGAAGUCCCUCUGUCUUGGGAGCCAGGCCAGAGCAGACUUGGAAGGAGGGCCCACUUGUGCAAACAUGGGUCUGUGAGACGCUUCCUUCACCAGCUGGCAUUGUUACAGCAGCUUGCCACAAUUCUGACUGUGCUUUUGACCCUUUGCUCCCAUGCUUGCUUGCAUUCUGCUUAUUGUUGUGGCUCAUCUAUGGCUACCUGUGCCACGGUUUCACCAUAUGGGAUUUGACUUGCUUUUGGUCAGUGUUUCCUGAACACACUUCCAGAAGAGGAAUGCUGCAUUCUAGCUCUUUGCAUUUUGUGUUUUUGCUGCAGGUGGUAGCCAAAAUAUCAGUGGAUAAACACACAAGGAUAGUCUUGGGACUGAUUCUGCCAAGGUUUCUUUUUCAGGUGGCAGGUAGUCCUGAGUUGCUGGAGUCAACUUCUUAUCAGUCCCCUGUCCAAAGAGGCAGAAGAUCUCCAAGAAAAAGUCAAAAAGGGGCAGCACCUCUCAGUGAAAAUAUCGGAACUUGGAGGAGCCCCUCCCCUGAAUUGGCAGAUGACGGGACUUCGGCACGGCUGUUUGUGGCUCUUUUUGACUAUGACCCUGUUUCAAUGUCCCCUAAUCGGGAUGCUGCUGAAGAGGAGCUCCCAUUUCAAGAGGGCCAGAUUCUGAAGGUCUAUGGCCACAAAGAUGCAGAUGGUUUCUACAAAGGGGAAUGUGCAGGAAGAACAGGGUUCAUACCGUGCAACAUGGUGUCUGAGGUCCAGGUGGACAGUGGCAGUGCAAGAAAACAGCUGUUAGAAGAAGGCCACAUUCCUACUGACAUGCUUAUGGAAAGUCUAGGGAAUGGUGCAUUUUCUCCUCUUCCACAGCGCCCAUCAAAUCGUCCUUCAAAGCCUCAACGGUCUAAGAAAGAAGCACCUGGAAAGCAAAAUCCAAGUUCUGAGGACCCUAGAAGAACAAUGGUGGCCAUCUUUGACUACAACCCCCAGGAGAAUUCACCCAACUCAGACACCGAGGCUGAGCUCAGAUUUUGUGCUGGUGACACAGUGACUGUGCUCCGUUCCAUGGAUGACGAUGGGUUCUAUUAUGGGGAAGUAAAUGGACAGAAGGGUCUUGUUCCAUCUAAUUUCCUGGAAGCUUUGCCAUCAGAUGGAGCACUGCCAAGUGAGCCAAGCCUGGGAAGGCAGCGAGUGAGAAAAAGAAGAACCCAGUGAUGUGUGUGAGAAAGGCAGAGGAAGAGAGAAAGGCAGAGAGCAAUCACUGGUAUCCAGUAGAUCAUCUGACACACCUUCCAUUUUUGCUCAGCACCUGGAGCAUCCACUGCCUCAGAUUCUCAGGGUUGGGUGUCUCCUGGGCCUCUCAACCCUGAGACCUGCCCUUCAGGGUAAGAAGAAGAAGAACUUAUUCCUGAAGGGGGGGAAAAAAACCCCACCUCAGGUCUAGCAAGAAGAAUGGUGCUGAGCUCAGCUGCCGACGAAUGUUGCAAUAAAAAAGGAAUGAACCGUGAUGAUC